UGUGAUGCUACCUACCGCGGGAGAGCAAUUUGAUGGAUGACUAGUACCAUUCAGUGAUGGGCUGUGGGACUAGUAAAAUCCUUCCCGAGCCUCCCAAGGAUGUUCAUUUGGAUCUGGUUAAAAAGGUCGAGCCCUACACUGCUUAUAAAACUGACAUAUAUAAACAUUUCAUCAAAGGUGAUGGAGAGGCCAUCAAGUCUGCUAUUCCUUCUCCUCCGUGCCACACCAAUCCGUAUGUGGAGCAGCAGGAGCCCCGGAAGAACAGAGUGGCAAAGUACCGUGCCAAAUUUGAUCCCAGAGUGACCGCCAAGUACGACAUCAAAGCUCUGAUUGGCCGAGGUAGCUUUAGCCGGGUGGUACGCGUGGAGCACAAAGCGACCAAGCAGCCUUAUGCAAUCAAGUUGAUAGAGACCAAAUACCGCGAGGGGAGAGAGGUAUGCGAAUCGGAGCUGUGCGUGCUCCGCCGAGUGCGGCACACCAACAUCAUCCAACUCAUCGAAGUCUUUGAGACUCAGGAGCGUGUCUACAUGGUGAUGGAACUGGCCACCGGAGGCGAAUUGUUCGACCGUAUUAUUGCUAAAGGGUCUUUCACGGAAAGAGAUGCCACCCGAGUGCUACAGAUGGUCUUGGAUGGGGUUAAAUACUUGCAUACGUUGGGCAUAACUCACAGAGACUUGAAGCCAGAGAACUUGCUCUAUUAUCACCCAGGUAUGGACUCUAAAAUCAUGAUCACCGAUUUCGGGCUAGCGAGUGCCCGGAAGAAAGGAGAUGACUGCUUAAUGAAGACUACCUGUGGGACCCCGGAGUACAUUGCCCCAGAGAUCUUGAUCAGGAAGCCUUACACUAACUCUGUGGACAUGUGGGCGCUCGGGGUGAUCUCGUACAUCCUGCUCAGUGGGACUAUGCCUUUUGAGGAUGAUAAUCGCACCCGCUUGUAUCGGCAAAUUCUGAAAGGAAAAUACAGUUACUCUGGGGAGCCCUGGCCCAGUGUGUCCAACCUCGCUAAAGAUUUCAUUGACCACCUGCUCACUGUGGAUCCCGGCGACCGGAUGACAGCCCUUCAAGCCUUGAAGCAUCCCUGGGUGGUAAGCAUGGCGGCCUCUUCUUCCAUGAAGAACCUGCACCGCUCCAUCUCUCAAAACCUCCUCAAGAGGGCGUCGUCUCGUUGCCAAAGCACCAAAUCAGCCCAGUCUACCCGUUCCAGCCGCUCCACCAAAUCCAACAAGUCCCGCCGCGUGCGGGAGAGGGAACUGCGGGAACUGAACUUGCGGUAUCAGCAACAGUACAAUGGCUGACAGCUCGACAAGAGACGAUCUCACUUCCUUUUUUUUCUGUCACUGGGGCGCGUGGUGCAGAGUGCCCAUUAAGUCCACAGCUGCCUUAUUUCUUCUCUGAAAGUUCAGUCUCUGUGUCUGUCUUUCUCUUUUGAAAGAAAUGGAGAUUUGGGGACAUGGAUGCCUUUGGGGAAAUGCCCUCCCUGGGCAGGGUCAGUACAGUAUCUCUGCCGUGGUUGGGAAACGAGGAAAGUCCUUUUGGGGUCCUCCCUGGAUCAAGCCCCGAGCUGAUGGUCUGAAAUACUGGAAACACAUGGAAGAGAAAAUGCUUACUCAGUUUAAAAUCCUGGCUACCACUGCUUAUUUAACGACGAAAGUCAAUUGUUGUUGGCACAGUGUCUGAUGGUUGAGAGAUUUAGAAGGCAAUCCUCUGCCCACUUACCUGGAAAUAAGCUUGAUUAAAUUAAUAACCAUUAGACACGUACAGAAGUACACACUAGGUUUCACUUGCUUAAGAUUUGGAAUCACCUGGAGCUGGAGGCACUUCCAGGAGUGCAGAAAGGGACAGUCAGUUUUCUUUACCAGCAUGACCUCUUGGACUGUGCUAAA